GACGCGCAUGACACCAAACCAACGUGGCUUUUGCUUGAGAAUAACUUUUUUUUUUUAGGUAUUACGUGUAGUUACACGUUCAUUAGAUAAAAACGAUUCAUGCAAACAGCGGGAAGAGUUCCUCUGACACGUAAAUCAACUCGUUUUGCUGCCUGAGAAACAAACUCGACACACAGAAACAUGUUUAAUGAGGAUGAAGACUGGAAUGAUGAAGAAGAGGGUCAAGUCUUGAGUAAACCUGCCCUCAGUAACACCAAGAAGACAAGCAGUGGCAUCAAUGUGAAGCCCAAGGUUGUGGGUAAAAGCAGCCUGAUGCGGACACUGAAGACUCUGGGGUCAGUACCAGAGUGGAAGAGCGACAACCAUAAACAGGACAGUGAUGAAGACUCCGAAGAAGCUCCAUCAAACAUUAGGACAAAGAAGAAGAGAAGAAAAAAGAGAAAACUUGCAGAAAAAACAGAGGAGCAGCAAGAGAACACAGACCAGAUCUUAAAGGAGGAGAAACCUGCACCAAAAAAGAGGAAGAAAAACAAUAAAGCUGGAUCUUCAAAGGCAAAUGGCACAUCUUCAGGGGAGGAGAAGAAUAAAGAAAUGACUGAAUUGUUGGUGAAUGUAAACAAUCCACAGAACACAGAAAAGAUCAGCAGAAAACAGUGGAAAAACAAAAUGAAGAACAAGAGGAAAUGUAAAAAUAAAUACCGCCAGAAACAGCCUGAGGAGGAAGUAAAUAAAGUAAAGUCUGUGGGUAAACAUGAACUAAAGGAAGUAGUUAAACCUGAUUCACACAGCAACGGCAACACUGGCAAAAACAAACAAAAAAAGAAGAAGAAAAAUCAGAAACACCCUGAGGAGGCGAGUAAUGAGAAAGAAACAAAGUGUGUCCCAGUUCAGAAAUGUGUGCCUGAAUCUUCUGCUGAUGGAUCAGAACAGAAAACAUGUGAACCUGCAGUGGAGAUUAAAGUUAAUCAGCAGCUGUUCCCCAUGAAAAGACUGAAACCUGAGCAGAGCAAAGCUCAGAGUCUGAAAAGACAGAAGCUGCAGAGGAUGCUGCACAGCCAGGAGACAGAGCACCACGAGACUCCUGCAGAGCAGGAAGAUAAGCCAGCAGAGUCAGAGGAAGAGGUGAAACAAGACCGCUCUGCCUCCCUCAGGUCCCGGAUGGAGCAGCGGUUGGAGGCCGCUCGUUUCCGCUACAUUAACGAAGUUUUGUACAGCACGUCCAGCGGCGAGGCGAAGCGUAUGUUCAAGCAGGACCCACAGGCUUUCUGGAUCUACCACAAAGGUUACACGGCUCAGGUUCAGAGGUGGCCCGCCAAUCCAUUGGACGCCAUCGUCUCUUAUAUUCAGAAAAAACCUUCCUCUCUCGUGGUUGCCGACUUUGGUUGUGGUGACUGUAAAAUAGCGCGCAGCGUGAAGAACAAAGUUCAUAGCUUUGACCUGGCAGCCACCUGUGAGCUGGUUACGGUCUGUGACAUGGCCCACGUGCCUCUUAAUGACGCCUCUGUUGACCUCGCUGUGUUUUGCCUGUCCCUCAUGGGGACCAAUCUGGCGGACUUUUUAGCAGAGGCCAAUCGAGUGCUAAAAAAGAGAGGAGUCCUUAAAAUAGCAGAAGUGGCAAGCAGAUUCGACAACGUGCGAAACUUCAUCACUGCACUGUCAAGUCUUGGAUUCAAGAUGGUGUCGAAGGACACAGAAAAUAGUCAUUUCUACUCCUUUGAAUUUGUGAAGACGGGAAAGGCUCCAGAAAAUCUGAAGAAAGUUGGACUGCAGUUGAAGCCUUGUGUUUACAAGAAGAGAUGAAGAUGUAAUAGGAAUUCAUAAACUUCUCUGUGCAUCAGUACAUAACUGGACAAUGCUUCAUGGGGUCACAGUUAAUAUACACUUAAAUGUAUCAUAUUUUUUGGUAUAUUUUUGAUUAUUCCUUUUGCAUUUUGUUAUAGAUACAUGAUUUUUUUUUUCAUGUAACAGAGAGGUCUAUUAGUCAUUAGACAGUUUUCUAAGAGAACUCUGUAAGUGCUACAAUUGC